GCAUUCUCCUCUCUGAGUCGUGUGGGAAGCUGCUCAGUGAAUGCGGCUGCAGAAGAAGCCAGCAUACUUAUGCGCCUGACACGGAUACUGUUCUGUCUUGCAGGAGAAGGGGGGAACACAAGCCUACUUCCCUCUCUUUUAACUUCCUCCAUUCCCCCGGGCUGGAUAUAAUUUAAAAAUCCUUACAUUUCCUCUCCAAGUUUAUUUUGAUGACAUUCUCUGUGGACCGACGGAUGCGCGGAGUUUCCAGCUCCUCACUUGCACCGCAGUUGACUAAAGGCUGAAUAACUGCAUUAUUCAUUUUUACGCACCGGUUUCUGUUGUCCUGACUUGUCUCUCUUGUUUCUCUCUUUGUGCUUGUCCGCUUUUUUCAUCCGGGAGAGGAUCUUCGAUAUCGCCAUAUUCCGUCCUUUAAAAAAAGAAAAGAAACAUUCCCUCUCGUUGGAUUUAGCCUGAAAUAAGCAUUUCUUCUGCCUGCAAGUAAACAGACCGCUAAAAAACAAACAAUGUUUUGCAAGGAGUAAGAACAAUUACCUGGGUUUAUGCUGCCCCAAUGGACUUUAAUAUACUGAUACAAAUAACCUGAUGGGAGCGUUUUGGCUGCCUAUGCUAUCUGAAGCAUUAUCCCUGUGCGCAACUUCACUCGAAACAAACGAGAAUUUAGUCAUCGGAUCGUUGGGGGUUGCUGAGCCGAGUUAAAUCCAGACGUACAGUGUUGGCCAUCCUCUCUCCCGCCUUGUUUGCGCUUCUCUUUGGCUCACCCUCCUUUUCCAGUUUCCUCCUUCAUAAACGCUCCAAGAAUGACAGACUUAUUUCACCGCAUCACCGACCGCCUUGCGCCUUUUUUCACGCCUUGGAGUCGCCGGACGCGCUGUCAAGAUCUCUGAAAACUGUCUGCCUCUCCCUUUCUCUCUCUCUCUUUCUGUCUUUCCCUAUCUAUCUUUCCCCUCAUUUCUAACCGUCUUUCUCUAUUUUUGCAACCAAAUGAAUGCACUCCCAUGGAGGUAGUACAACCACCUUGGGGACCGAACAACCAGAGGGGUGAUUUUUUCAAGCAAGAGGAGCCCGUCAGCAAGAGACGCAUCGGGUGAAAUCUGAGCUCAACCCCAUCCCCCCCCUCCCUCCCUCCUUUCUCUCCAUCUCCAGCGCACCCCCACCAGUUUGCUCGGGUCGUGUUGAUAUACAGUAGCCUUCAUGGGGAUAUAGGGGCUGGAGAAACCUUGUUGCGCCCCUACAACUGCCUGCGUUCUACUUCAGCUUCAGAGGACUGUUUGCGCACGUCUCCAUCCAUGUCUCACCAUUGCUGCCCCGUGUCUCCAGAGGGAGCCGCAUUCAUUAGCACCUCAGCUUUGGGUUACUAAAUGGUUUUCUGGAGGAGGAUUUCUAACCGCCGAGAUGCUGCUCUUACUCCUGCUGGCAGCCUUUUCUUCCUCCAUCUCCGGCUCCCUCUCCUCCUCCCUCUCCUCCCCCUCCAUGUCGGAUAGACCUCAGAUGGCAGACCCGUCCACCUCGGAUUUGAUGGCCGAGACCUGCAGUGCCUGCUCCUGCAUGUCAGUGGAAAACGUGCUGUAUGCCAACUGCGAAAAGAUCACUGUCUAUCGACCCACGCAGCUCAUCCCGCCGGCCUCCUCCCUAUACCACCUGAACUUCCAGAACAACUUCUUAAUCGUACUGUACCCUAACUCAUUCCUCAACUUCACCCACGCCGUGUCACUGCAGCUGGGGAACAAUAAACUGCAGAACAUUGAAGGUGGAGCGUUCAUGGGGAUGAGCGCGUUGAAACAACUGCACCUGAACAAUAAUGAAUUAAAGGUGCUGCGAGCAGACACUUUCCAAGGGAUGGAAAACUUGGAAUACCUUCAGGCUGACUACAAUUUGAUAAAAUACAUCGAAAAGGGAGCAUUUAACAAACUGCACAGGUUAAAAGUGCUCAUCUUGAAUGAUAAUCUCAUACAGGCACUUCCUGACAACAUAUUUCGCUUUGCGUCGCUUACACACCUGGAUAUAAGGGGGAACAGGAUCCAGAGGCUUCCUUAUUUGGGGGUUCUCGAGCAUAUCGGGCGCAUUGUAGAACUGCAGCUGGAUGACAACCCCUGGAACUGUACCUGUGAUUUAGCACCUCUCAAGGCGUGGCUUGAAAACAUGCCCUAUAAUAUUUUUAUUGGCGAGGCCAUAUGUGAAACACCAAGUGAUUUGUACGGGAGACUCCUGAAAGAAACUAACAAGCAGGAGCUUUGUCCCAUGGGAACAGGAAGUGACUUUGAUGUAAGAAUGCCACCCUCACCGCCUGAUAAUGGGCAGUCACCCUCCAAAAUGUCCCCAACCACUCUGGCUCCCAUGGCCACCAAAGCGCCAAAGACCACUGACUCAUCUAAGAUUUACGGUAAUGGUAUUGUGGCUGGUUUACCCCCUUUUGGAAGAAAUAGACAGAUUGUUUCGUUCCAGACACGGACCCCUCCAUUGCUGUGUCCGCAGCCCUGCAGCUGUAAAGCCCACCCCUCUGACUUUGGCAUCAGCGUCAGCUGUCAAGAGAGGAAUAUUAAAAAUUUAGUUGAUCUCCUUCCCAAACCCCCAAAUGCCAAGAAACUUCACCUAAGUGGAAAUUACAUCCGUGAUAUAAGCCCGGCUGAUUUCCAAGGCUUUGAAGGCUUAGAUUUGCUACAUCUUGGCAGCAACCAAAUUGUCACGGUCCAAAAAGGUGUGUUUUCUAACCUAACUAACCUGAGAAGGCUGUAUUUGAAUGGAAACCAGCUUGAACAGUUACACCCAGAAAUGUUUUUGGGCCUCACAAACUUACAGUACCUAUAUCUGGAAUACAAUGCCAUAAAAGAAAUUUUAGCGGGUACAUUUGACUCCAUGCCGAACCUACAACUCCUGUAUCUCAACAACAAUGUUCUGCGAAGUCUCCCUGCCUAUGUGUUUGCGGGUGCCUCUUUAGCCAGACUGAAUCUAAAAAACAACCACUUCAUGACCCUACCAGUGAGUGGUGUCUUGGACCAGCUGCAAUCAUUGACCCAGAUAGACCUCGAAGGGAACCCAUGGGAGUGUUCCUGCGAUCUUGUCGCCCUCAAACUCUGGCUGGAGAAGCUAAGUGAUGGAGUGGCUGCCAAAGAGGUAAAAUGUGCCUCCCCUGUGCAGUUCUCCAACAUUGAGCUGCGCCUCUUGAAAAAUGAGAUCCUGUGUCCAAAGCUUAUCGCGAGGCCGCCGUUUAUUCUCACUAGCGCAGCGCCUGUUUUGACCUCACUGUCGCCUGCCGGAGUUGGAAAAGCACCGCCCGGAGGGCCUGUGCCUCUCUCCAUCAUGAUCCUCAGCAUCCUUGUAGUGCUGAUCCUCACUGUGUUUGUGGCCUUCUGCCUGCUAGUCUUUGUCCUGAGGCGAAAUAAAAAACCAGUAGGGAGGCAGGAGGGGCUUGGGAAUCAGGAGUGUGGCUCCAUGUCAUUGCAGCUCCGCCGACGCAGUCACAAAUCAGGCAAAAAAGGCUCCAUCCCGGGAGACGACUUGGGAGGCGAGACAUUCAUCCCCCAGACAAUUGAGCACAUUGGCAAAAGCCACACCUGCGGGAUUGGACGUUCCUCAGACAUGGACGCUGGGUUCAAGUUUGCAGACUCACAGAAGCAGAAGAUUAUCCUCCGGAACAGUGCCGACAAGGAUAAAGACUCGCUUUCCACCCUGGAGCGCAACAAACGCCUCAGCACCAUCGACGAACUCGAGGAGUUCCUCCCCCACCGAGAGCCCAGCAUGUUCAUCCAGAACUUCCUGGACAGCAAAAGAGAUUUCAACAGUAUAGGGAUGAGCGGGUACGAAAUCCGUUACCCUGAGAAAACGCUGGAUAAAAAGAUGAAGAAGUCGUCGCUGAUAGGCGGGAACCACAGUAAGAUCGUGGUAGAGCAGAGAAAAAGUGAGUAUUACGAGCUGAAAGCCAAGCUCCAAGGAACGCCUGAUUACCUGCAGGUGCUCGAGGAGCAGACUGCGCUGAGUAAAAUGUAGGGAUUGUUGCAUUUGAUUUAGUUCAUUGAUGACACACACACACACACACACACACACACACACACACACACACACAAACACACACACAACACACACACACACACACACACACACGCACACCAUUAAAUCCCCCAGAGCUCUUGCUUUCUGUCUUCAUCUCCCUUUCUUUCUGUAGCCACACAUGCAACCUCACAAACACACACACCCUUACACACACACUCCCACAUACAGCAAAAAAGUGCCUUCUGGAAAUCCUUAAUGACCAAUGCAGAGAUGGACAAAAUGGCUCCACACUACAAAAGCUAUUACUAGAAUCAGCGUGGAUCUAUUUCACAGUAAAAGACCUUUUGGAUUAUCCAUGCCACUACAUGUAUGAGUCCCACAUAUAUACCACAGGACACCCUAAAAAGCAACAAGACAGUCAUAGUAUUUUUUUUGUUGUUGCUGCUAUUAAAAUGGGUAUCUAUCUUCUUAUUUUUGUUGUUCUUGUUGCUCUUUUACCUCCUCCUUUUGUUUUUCCAACCAAAUCAAAGGGUGUUGAAAACUUGAGAAUAUACCUUGCCGUCUUCAACCCUAAUUUAAAAAAAAACAAAAAAAUAGAGAGAGAAAAGUUUGGUUGUUGUUCUUUUGCUCUGGAAAGUAAAUCAUUGCUUCUGGGAUGAGAGUAACAGAGUUGGUGACACAGUGGAUGCUACUUUGCGUUUUGAUUUUUGUAUUUGCGGGGAUAUCUGUUUGUUCUUGGGGAUGCCUCUGGAGUCAGCUGCAGACUUUCUGCCACCAUGUCUGGAUUACACACCAGUAGCCGUACACCUGCUCUUUGCAGGCAGGCUAAGCCGCUCCUGUUUAGGCACUGCAAAACUCUUUUUGGAGGAAUGAUUUCCAUGACUUGUUCUCUUUGUGUAAGGAGCCAUGUUAAAUAUAGUGUCUUCUGAAUGGAGUUGUGUUUCUCUUAACUGUAUGUUUUGGGUGAAAUAUAACGGCACAUACACUGUCAGAGGACGUUGUUUCUGAAAAAUGAAGAACAAAAAAACCCAAGGAUAAAUUACAAAGCUGCUUGCCAUGUAAGCGUAACCUGGAAUUUAUUUUGUAAGUCUUACAUUAUUUGUAUCUGUGGGACUGGUUUGUAAAUUACAAGAAAGGACAAACAUCUACAUACACACACAGACACACACACACAGACACACACACACACACACACACACACACACACACUUUGUACGACGAAGCAUCAUCAUCAAGAGACUACAAGCCAGAAUUGUCAAACCGCUAGUAUAAUUCAAUCGGUGAUCCACCUCCCCUUGUCAGCUCUCAAUUCGUAGUAAAAGAAAUUUAACAAGAUAGUUAAUUUAUUUUUCUAUGCAGGAUUAUUUAAAGAGUUAUUGGUAUUAUUUAAAAAAAAAAGAAUAAUACACAAAGAGCGGAGAGGAAUUGAUGCAUCAGAGCUAAUUCAGGCCACUAUAAGUUACUGUUGAGUCAAUUGAGGGGGUUUCUUGUUUCUCUCGGUUUGCUGAAGAACUGGACCCGCUGGACGACGGGUUGUGAAAUGUGAUCUGUGAUGUUUCCUUUUUUUACUUUGUCGCACGACAUGCCGAGGCCUGAUAGAAGUUUGUGAAGUUUCAAGCAGUUUCCUUAUUCUUAUAUCUCCCACAUUAUCUUGUAAAAGGUUUCUUAUUAACAUUAUGCAACCAAAAUAAAUGUGCAUUAAACUUGAUAUGGUUCCAAAGUUGUUGGGAUGGGAGUGGAGACAUUUUGCAGGACGAGUAAAAGGCUACAAAUUGUAGCUCUAAAAAUUGUUAGAUCGGGGCAGAAUCAUAUCAUAAAAACACAAUGUGCAAUAUUAGUAAAAAA